AUGGAGUUAGUCUUAACACACCCGGAGGCCCCUCAGAAGGGCGUACCCGCCUUGAACACAUCCGAAAAGAAGGAAGCAUCAUGGAUGCAGACACUUUCGAUCGAAACAGGGGGAAUCCAGCGGGUGACAGAUGAGGAGCGGCAAGUGAAUACGACCAAAUUUUGGAAUGCGUGCACUUUCUGGCUGAGUGCGAAUAUGGCCGUUGCGACACUCAACACCGGGGUACUCGGUGGCUCCAUGGGCCUGUCCUUCUGGGACAGCUUCAUUGUAAUCCUGAUCAUGAAUCUCUUCAGUGAUCUUCUUCCCGCCUGGACAGCAGCAUUCGGCUUAACGGGGCUGCGCAUGACCACUUUUUCACGAUACUCUUUCGGAUACUGGGGUAACCUCCUCGUCGUAGUCUUCUCCAUGAUUGCCACGACCGGUUGGAACGCCAUAAACAGCAUCUCCGGCGCCGCAGUGCUCGAUGCCGUCUCAGACGGAAAAUGCCCAACCUGGGCGGGCGUCAUCAUCAUCUGCAUGACCGUCUGGCUGGUCUGUAUCCUCGGUAUUACCUGGAUUCACUACCUGGACAGCGUGAUCUGGAUUCCACUGUUGAUCGUCUGGUGUGUUGCUGCAGGCACCGGUGCAAAGCACUUCACCGCAGCAGAGGUAAAGAAAUUCUCUACACACGAGGACCACGCAGCUGCCAUCCUGUCCUUCAUGGCAGUCAUCUUCUCCUUCUCCGUCUCGUGGGUCAACUGUGCUGCCGACUACAACGUGCGGAUGCCGGUGGAUACGCCGCGAUGGCAGAUUUUUGGCGCCACGUACGUGGGGAUAUUCGUGCCAUCAGUCCUCGUACAGAGCCUUGGAGCUGCGCUGUACACUGGCACCAUCACUGGGACUGGGUGGCAGCCAGCAUAUAACGAGGCUGGCGUGGGAGGGCUCUUGAAGAUGGCGUUGGAGCCCGCUGGCGGGUUCGGCAAGAUCCUGAUGGUCUUGGGGGCGCUGAGUGCUGUCCCGAACAACAUCCCAAACAACUACUCGUUCGCUCUCCACGCGCAGAACUUUGGACCCUGGGCGCUCCGCAUCCCCCGUAUCGUCCUCGUUACCUUCGGAUUUGUCGCCGCGGUUAUAGUCGGCUGCUGCGCUGCCGUCUACUUCCGUGACACGCUGCAGACCUUCCUGAGUGUCAUCGGCUACUGGACCGUUAUCCACAUCACUGUUGUGGCGAUGGAACAUGUUUUCUUCCGCCAUGGCUCGGUUGGCUAUGACCUGGAUGCUUGGGACGAUCCGAAGAAACUACCGUUUGGAUGGGCGGCUAUCGGGUCUUUCCUGGGAGGGUUCGUGGGUGCCGCGCUGGGGAUGAAGGUUGCGUGGUAUGUUGGACCAGUGGCAGCGUUGGUUGGGAGUGGUGCAAAUUUGGGACAUGAGUUGACGUUUGGGAUGUGUGCUGUGGUGUUUGGUAGCUUGAGAUGGUUGGAGAGGAGCUGGGGUGGGAGAUGA